GACGCUCUUCCCUAAGCCUGAGCCACUUUUCCCUGAAGAGGAUCGUGGCCCUAUGUGACAGCAGGAAGAGAAGGUGUCAGCGUUAACCUGCUGCCUGCUUCUUUGGGGCCUCUGCCAAACACCAGUGGGGAUCAGCAAUAAAUUGUCGUGCAACAUGCCAACAGAACAGCUGGUGACCAGCCAUCAGGGUUGGUUCCAAGCCUUUGAGCAACAGAAUCACAGAGAAAUGCAGUGAGGACUGAUCUUGAGGACUUCGGCUCUAUGUUGUGCUGUAACCCAGCUUCAGUCAAGCUGUGCCAAACUGGCCCUCAGCGGGACGAGCUUGCUUUUCCUAGAAACCCACCGGACUCCACCUCUUGGAGGACACAGCAACCAGACAUGCCUCCAGUUCACCAGAGAUUCCCAUUAUUGCAGGGCCCUUCUUGCCUUCUCCACCUUCCCAGAUGUAUGGUCCUUCAAAGCCCAACUCAGAUCCUGCUUUCUACACAAAACCUCUCCCAGCCGCAUCAGCUUAUUCAUCCAACCUUAAAUACUGCAUUGGCCCUUGACCAGAGGGAAGAAUCUAGGAGAGAUGGAAAUAAAUGCCGGUUCCCCACUGUAGCAAAUUCCUCCAGCUUCUGUACAAAACCGUCUGACUGCCCUCAGGCUUGUGAGAAUGUGGCAGAACGCAGCAAAUCUCCCAGGGCCACAGGUGAAUUCAGGAAGUGCAAUUUGGAUGACACCGGCAGCUGCAGAUCCUCCUGCAGGAGGCUCAGAGCCCACAGUCCCUCCAAAUGGCAAGUUGCGCUCCUCUCCGCUCCCACUCGGCGGCAUGCAGGCUGUCACCUGAAGCCUUGCCCAGCUUUGUUCCUUUCCACAGACACCCGCUGCCAGCAAGGCCCACGGGCCACAUCCAGGAUCCGGGAAAGUGAUACAAAGUGAGUGGUGGAGAAUAGGCAGCCACCCGCCGGGGGUGACUGGAGCAGGAGAAUUCCUCUGCCCUCCAAAGCAUUCUUUCCCACUGGCUGUAAAUGCCUAAAACAUCAGCGUAAGAGUGUCACUCCUUCUGCUGGAAGCAGAGCCAGGAAAUGAACGGUGUGCAGUCCGUGGCAUUGCUGCCUCCUCUAUAAAAUCCAGCAACUUUCUUGCUGUGUCCUCACUUUGCACCCCUUCCCACCAUCGCCCUACUAGAUUUCCUAUGAGAAUUUAGCCCUAUUAAAUAUGCUUCCCAUAGUUGUGAGAAAGCACUUAAAAUAACCUAGAAAAGGAAAAGAUGGGUGAUAGAUGGAAGAAACAUGGCAAGCUAUGGAUAAGUGUGGAAGCUGAUGGGGUCUGUGUGGCUUUGUUAUGCUUUUCCCUCUGCUUCUGAAGAGAGAAAUGUAUAUGUAUGUCAUUCUAUGUUUAAAAUUCCCAUGAUCAAAAUUUAAAUUAACAUAUAUGUACAUAUACAUAUAUACCCAUAGUACAUGUUCACUGUUUUUCUUCCUACCUAAUAUUACUUUAAGCAGUUAUCAGUAAGUUAAAGUAUAAUGUGAAGGCGCUUUUGCAUCUUCUUAGAGCAAAUUUCCAUAGGAAAAGAAUAGAAGGUAAGCUAAAUUUUCAGUGGGCAGAAAGCCACCAAUUUGGAGGAAGAGAGAAUCAAAUCUAGAGGGGAGGCUGGAGCUCCCCAAAACAUGGAAAGGCAGCAAAUUACUUUGCCAACUGUUGACUCUGAUGCUAUUCAAGCAGUCACACUGGGGUUGAGAUGUUUGUUGGAGGAAUGGAAAGCCUAAAUAUUCUCAGCGUUGUUGGCUUCUGACGCAUUUGUUUUUGCCACUAACCAGCUCUGCUUUUUGCAUCAACCAGCUUAAGCAUUAGAAGCCAAGGUUUUUAUUUGAGGUAAGAACUGUCAAAGUUAGUCAACCAGCCUAGCUGUUGCUUCAGUGGACCCAGCUUUCAAGUUAAUGACUAUUCGUUUCUCUGAUCCCAAGGCCACACAUGGAUCCCAGCCUACAGUAGAUUUAGAAGAGUUCAUUUCCUACCCAUAAUUUGUAGAAAGCGCUUCAGUCAAGCUUCUCAGAUGAAGCCACCUUUCAAAAUAAUGCAAGGUGGGAGAAGCUAGUAUUCCCAGCCUGUACACCCAAUGUGCCUUCUUUCCUUUAUGGGACCCUGUAAUCUCAGACUGCUCCUAUGUUCAAAAAAGAAUCAAUAAAAAUGCAUCCAUACUUUAGGAAUAUCAAUUCUUAAAGUUUUUAGGAAUUGAAGUUGGGGUAAAUGAGGUGGAGUUAGAUACACAAUUGAUAUCUUAGCGACUGUCAAGAAGGAUGAAUUGGAGCCAUAGAGCUGAUACAAAAAGAUCUCCAAGAUAGACUAUUUAGUUGGUGGCAAAAGCCCAGUUGUCCUGUGGAGGCAAGGCCAUUUCCUGCCUAGUGAGGAAGAGCUUAUCUAUGAAUCAUCAGAACCAAUCACUGACAGAAACUGGCCCCCAGAGGCAAGCCAGAUCCAAAAGGCUGAGCACAGUGGACUGGCAGAGUUUGAAAAUGUCUUGUAUCUUCUUCUCAGUAAAAGUACAGCUGUUCCUCCACUAUGCAGAGAUGUGACAGUAGCUGAAAGGAACAAAGACAGGCAUGAUUUUUGCAUAUUUAUGCUUGCCUCUUGGGGAGGGAAAGCAGUUACUUUAAGAUCCAAACCUAUAAGUUUUAAGUUUCUAAGCAUCUGACAUUUUCUUUAUUUUCUUCUUUUUGCACCUGAAUAUUUAAUAAAAAGAAUCUUUGAAAUUGCUAGGAGAUUCUAUUCAUCCCAGGGACAAAGAAGGAAAGAAGAUGUUGUGUUUCCUGGGCUUAAAUUUCAAAAGGGAAGUAGUGCACCCUCAGUGGAAUGAGAUCCAAGCAUGACGCAGAAGAGAAAGUGACCCUUGAGGGUGCAAGCUCCUGCAGUUCCCAUUUAUAACUGCUCUGCUGGAAGUUUUGUAGUUAUCUCAGCAGAGACUGCCAUAUCCUUACCUUGUCCUAUGUGUAUUCUCUGAUCUUUGGUGAGGCAAAUGGCUGUGGCAAACCACAUCUCCCAAACUCCCUUGCUUCUAAGCUAAGUCAACAGACUAAUAGGCUAUUGCUAAAUAGGUUACAGAAUAAGUGAAAACAGGAGUAAGAGGUUAUGUCAGUGUGAUUUCUGAGUAGAGCUCUUAGCGUCUGACUCCUUCCUUUUUCUUGCUGGCUGGAAUGGAGACGUCAUGGCCGGGGCUUAAGCAGUCCCUUGGAGCCCCAGGUAGAAACUUUAUGUUAAAGAUGGAAGGCAAAGAGCCUAGGUUCUCAGUAGUUGUGGGAUUGUUGUUCUACUUCAAGACAGCCUAUGUUUAUGUGAGAAAUUUAUUCAGUAAACUUCCAUUUAUCUUAA